CUCCUCUUCUGGUCUGACCAGGCCGUGUAUGUGGGACUGUGACACGUAACUGUGCCUGCCUCUUCUACGUGACCAGGCAGGACACCUCUACCUGCGACAGAGAGCGGAGAGAGAGGAGUUCACUGCCCCUCUGUCCUGAAACGAAACCCGUUUGUACCUGAACAUAUUCAAGCAUGGAGGCGAGAGACGCGACUGCAGGAGCUCUUUUGAGCAGUGAUGGGGAUGAACAGGAGGAACAAACUGCUAAGAAGGAUGCAGCACCUAAAAAAGAUGAGCCCCAGAGCAAGAAUGGCUUUGAGAAGGUCUUUGGGUUCAGGAAGGAGGACCUGACCUCCUGGCAUAGUCUGAUGACCCUCCUGAACCGUCCCACUGACCCUGCAUCCCUGGGCAUCUUCCGCUGCUUGUUUGGUUUGCUGAUGGCUAUUGAUGUCACACAGGAGCGUGGUCUCAGUCACCUGGACUAUAAGUACCUGGAUGGAGCCCCCGUGUGUCGCUUCCCCCUCUUCAAUUUCCUACAGCCACUGCCGCUGGAUUUGAUGUAUCUGGUGUAUGUGGUGAUGUUCCUCGGUGCUGUGGGCAUCAUGCUUGGCUGUUUCUACCGUUUCUCCUGCCUCAUGUUCAUCUCCACAUACUGGUACAUUUUCUUUCUGGACAAAACUGCCUGGAACAAUCACUCGUACCUCUACGGCCUCAUUGGAUUUCAGCUCCUAAUCAUGGACGGCAACAGAUACUGGUCGAUUGAUGGAUUGCGGCGACCCUCCAUCAAGAAUGCUCAUGUGCCUCUGUGGAAUUACACCUUGCUGAGGACGCAGAUAUUCAUUGUAUACUUCAUCGCUGGAAUCAAAAAGCUGGAUGCUGAUUGGGUAGAGGGAUACUCCAUGUCUUAUUUGGCUCACCAUUGGCUUUUUGAUCCUUUCAAGCUGAUCAUUCCUGUGGAGAUGGUCAGUCUUCUGGUGGUGCAUGGAGGAGGUCUCAUCCUGGAUCUGACAGCUGGAUACCUGCUGUUUUUUGACGUCACACGGCCUUAUGCGUUCUUCUUUGUCUCCUACUUCCACUGUAUGAACUCUCAGCUCUUUAGCAUUGGGAUGUUUUCAUACACAAUGCUGGCCACAAGCCCCCUCUUCUGCUACACUGACUGGCCUAGGAGAUUCUUUGCCCGCUUCCCAGAAUUCCUCAGGGCAGUCCUGCCGCUCACCUCACCAAACAUUCAGCCAAGCCCUUCCUGCAUCUACAAUGAAGUCCAGGGCACAAACACUGAAGGCCAGGAGAGCCCACCUGUCCCUAAAGCCUCUAAUCUGAGACUGAGACACAAGCUUGGAGCCAUUUUUACGAUCAUCUACAUCAUGGAGCAGUUCUUCCUGCCAUACUCGCACUUCAUCACACAGGGUUAUAACAACUGGACUAAUGGCUUGUAUGGCUACUCGUGGGACAUGAUGGUUCACUCCCGCAGUCAUCAGCACGUUAAGAUCACCUACAAAGAUGGCAAAACUGGAGAAAUUGGAUAUCUGAACCCUGGGGUAUUCACUCAAAGCCGCCGCUGGAAAGACCACGGAGACAUGCUGAAGCAGUACGCAACGUGUCUCCAUCAGUUCCUGCCGCGAUAUAACAUCACUGACCCUGAAAUCUACUUUGACAUCUGGGUGUCGAUUAAUGAACGCUUCCAGCAAAGGAUCUUUGACCCCCGUGUGGACAUCGUAAAGGCUGACUGGUCUCCAUUUAAACCAAACCCAUGGCUUAUGCCUUUGCUGGUGGACCUCUCACCCUGGAGGACAAAGUUUCAGGAGAUCGAGGGCAGUUUGGACAAUCAGACAGAAAUCGUCUUUAUCGCAGACUUCCCAGGUCUCCAUCUGGAGAACUUCGUAAGUGAAGAUCUGGGUAACACCAGCAUCCACGUGCUGCAGGGCACAGUGAACGUGGAGGUGGUGGAGGAGAAGAAGAACUUCACUCUGCAGGCUGGAGAGAAAAUAAAGGUACCAGCAGGAGCUUACCAUAAAGUUUACACAGUGUCUGAAGAAGCUUCCUGCUACAUGUACAUCUACGUCAACACUACAGAGGCAGCACUUCAGGAGAACUUCACCAAACUGUAUGAGAUCCAGGAACGAGUUCGUAAUGGGACAGAAACCGAACCCCUUCCUCCUGAGCUGCAGCCUCUCAUCACUGCAGCCAAAGAUGACGGGGCUGAGGUCGACGCUACUGACCCGAUUGUGAAGCUCUUCCUGAAAAGGCAGCGCCGCAUGAAGGAGGUGAAGAAACGCAGGGAAGCCGGCGUUCUGGAGCGACUGGAGCGCUUUGCAGUGAAGAAAUACUACACGAUACGAAGAGGAUUCUUGAUGACAGCCAUCGCCAUGAGAAACCUGGCUGUCGGUCUCCCUCCUCUUGAACAGCUGACACGUGAAGUUGAGUUCGCCACCAUGAAAGCGCCGCAGGCAGAUGGCAGCCAGGACGACCCCCUGAAAGAUGAAGUGGGCCAUGGAGAACUUUAAAGAGGCCGCUGAGACCAAACAUACUUUGCUGAAUUGGCUGCAGGUGCUGGAUCACACUCACAUGUGUGUGUUGUUACUACUGGACUGUUACUGGGACGAGGCCGCUCAGAAAUCAAAGCAUGUUUAAUUUUCUAUGCUUCACAAGCAUUUUGAAUGAUUUCCAAAUGCAAAGACAGUAUUUUUUUAAAAGUGUUCUUCAUGAACCUCAAUUUAUGCAGAGGACCUGCUUCUGUUAACGCUGCAGCACAUGUGAUUACUGUAUAUCAACAGCAGUGCACUGCUUUGCUGUACAAGAUGGCUUUUCCUUUCCUUGAUUUUUACAAGUGCAAUUAAUGUAGGCAGGUAAAAUAACCAAAAAGGGCAUUUAAGCUGAUGUGAGGAGUUUGUAUCCAGUUAUGAAACAGCCUAAAAUUAAUACAGAUGCCUCUUUAUGACCUAUAAGAGCAAAUGAGUCACUUAGUGAACAAAUGAAUUACUUUAUUGUUGUUAUAAAUUCCUGAAGCCAUUUCUAAGGGGUAGGCAUCAUCACUUAUCAACACACUACUGUAACAGCCUUUUAUUCCCCUCGUUUUUAAUAGCAAAGAUUCUUGAUUAGUGAUUUUCGCCUUUUGUUAAAAGGUCAACUUAAUUGCUGAUCCCACAUUGUCUGUGUUUGCAGUGUUGUGUGCACUGUGCAAUUUUUCUCUGACUGACAUGAACUCACUGGCUCUGUUUCUGUAGCUCAGCCACAGCAGCAAGAGACGUGAGAUCACAGAACAUGAGAGUUCACACAGGAAUUAGGAGAUCAUGAGAUAACUGAGCCAAAUAUAAAAGUAGCAUGUAAAAGCGAUAUAAAAAGGGCAUCAGGUCUCAGGAAAAACAACUCCUGCUUAAGGCAUCAGGCGAAAAGGUGUCAGGAAAGAAGGCGUUAAGAAAAUGCAUCAGGAAAAAAAGGCAUCAGGGAUAAAGGGGUUGGAUGGUAAGAAAAAGGUGUCAGGGAAAAUGGUUGUCAAGGAAAAAGGUGCCAGGGGAAAAAGACAUUAGGAAAGAAAGCAUCAGGAAAAAGGUGUCAGGGAAUGAAAGUCGUCAGAAAAAAUGUUGUCAGGGAAAUAGGCUUGUUUCCUGAGACCUUAAACCUUUUCUCCCUGAAGCCCUUUCCUGAGACCUGAUAAAGUUUUUCCGGACAACUUCUCUCCUGUUCCCUAACACCUUCUUUUCUGACGUUACUUUUCUUUCCUGACACCUUUUCUGUGAUGCCUUUUUUCUUGAUACUGGGUGUCUUUUCUCUUAGGACUUUUUCCUGACACCUUAUACAUUUCUCUUGAGAUUUGACACCCUUUUUCCUUGCGCCUCAUUUACAGAGACCUGACAUUUUUCCGGUCCUUAAUUCCUGAGACCUUAUGCUUUUUCAUCUAAGAUCUCACACCUGACCCUGAGACAUGAGGUAUCUCAAAAUGGACACUUCACCUGAAACUUUUCCAAAUAGUUGGUUUGUAAUGUUGUUGUAGUGAUGAGAUUAACAUUCCUGAGUCUGUGCAUUGUGUUUUACUUUUAUAUUGCCUCAAUUCUCCGUGCAUCCUUGUUCCUCUUUGGGUUGAAUCGCUCUAAUGCCUCAUGCUGGCAAAGCUCUGCUGAAACAGCAGAUCAGAGCAGAGUGGCACUUCUGGCAUGCAUGAGACAAUUUGCAGCAUGUGCCAUGGAAUUACAAAGACUGAUUAGAAAGGUAGAGAUAUGCUGUGGGUUGCACUUUCAGAAAGCUGCACAGAGAAGGUGUGUGGAAGUUGAGGGUUAUACAUUAGCUGGACAAGAUUAUCAGACAGACAAGAUCUACUACUUCCUUUCUUUGCAGGGGGUGCAAAAACUGACACAAACUUGAAUUUCCCCACAGGAGCUUUAAACAAGCAUUUAAAAUACUGUAUCCCAGAUGAACUCUAGCUCAUGUUUUUGCUUUUUCAUGAUGUUAAAAACAGAAGCUAUAAUUUUAUGCAUUUUUUGAUUCAAAUGCAACAAGCAAGCUGGCUGCUGAAAGGUUUGAUGAUUUAUAAGGGAAAGAUUUUGGCAAGUAUGCUCACAUGAAGUGCAUCAAGUGGGAUUCUUGCCUGAGGCAUCAUUGUUUGAUUCCACUUUUUUAAACCUGCAGAAAGAUAUGUGGAGCUUUUCUCUGUUUUGACGGGAAUUCUCUGAACUUUUUAUGCUAACCCUGUAAUGUGAGGAGCCUGACAAACAAUUCUUAUCCUGUAAAUUGAAGCCAUUUUUAGACAUUUUUUAUAAUAAAGAAACCAUUUUUGAAAACAUUGA